GUGGUACUACUUCAGAGAUGAACACAUUCUUGGAUGAUCCAGAAUUUGCAAGUACUAUCUUAAAAGCAGAGCAAGCAAUAGAAUGUGGAGUUUUUCCAGAAAGAAUCUUUCAAGGUUCAAGUGGAAGUUACUUUGUAAAGGAUCCUAAGAGGAAAAUUGUUGGUGUUUUUAAACCCAAAUCAGAAGAGCCUUAUGGUCAACUGAAUCCCAAAUGGACCAAAUAUGUUCAUAAGGUCUUCUGCCCAUGCUGCUUUGGUAGAGGCUGCCUGCUUCCUAAUCAGGGAUACCUUUCUGAAGCGGGUGCCUUCCUUGUGGAUGAAAAGCUCCAUCUAGGCGUUGUGCCUAAAACAAGGGUGGUUUCCCUGGUCAGUGAGACAUUUAACUACAGUGCAAUUGACCGGGCAAAGUCAAGAGGCAAAAAGUAUGCUUUAGAGAAAGUGCCAAAAGUAGGUAGAAAAUUUCAUCGGAUAGGACUUCCUCCUAAGAUUGGUUCCUUUCAGUUAUUUGUUGAAGGUUACAAGGAGGCUGAAUAUUGGCUUAGGAAAUUUGAAGCUGAUCCUUUGCCUGAGAACACUAGAAAACAGUUUCAGUCACAGUUUGAAAGAUUAGUUGUUUUGGAUUACAUCAUCAGAAAUACAGACAGAGGAAAUGAUAAUUGGUUAAUCAAAUAUGAAAAGCAGAAUCGUAAAAAAGCCAUUGACAGUAAGGAAACAAAACAGACUGCUGAUAAAGAAUGUCUUAUUAAAAUAGCUGCAAUUGAUAAUGGUCUCGCAUUUCCUUUUAAACAUCCUGAUGAGUGGAGAGCAUAUCCCUUUCAUUGGGCUUGGCUUCCUCAAGCAAAAAUUCCUUUUUCUGAAGAAACAAGAAACGCAAUUCUACCUUUCAUUUCUGACAUGAAUUUUGUACAAGAUUUAUGUGAAGAUCUUUAUGAACUUUUUAAGACUGAUAAAGGUUUUGACAAGGCCACCUUUGAAAGUCAGAUGUCUGUGAUGAGGGGUCAGAUCUUAAACCUUACUCAGGCGCUGAAAGAUGGGAAGAGUCCUGUUCAGCUAGUGCAGAUGCCAUGUGUGAUUGUGGAACGAAGUCAAGGUGGAGGGCAGGGUCGGAUUGUCCACCUCAGCAAUUCGUUUACUCAGACUGUUCAUUGCAGGAAGCCCUUUUUUUCCUCCUGGUAGCAGAUGUAAGAGUGAGAAACACAAACUGUUGUCUGCGAGUUGGCACAAUUUUGUCAAACCCAUAUGGUAAUAGAAACCUGCUGUUGACAGAGCCCCAGUUGCCAAAACCUCAAAGAAUUGAAGUCUUUAAAAGGUUAUAUUUUGAAUGUAAUCAGAAGUUUACAGUCUUUUUGUGUCCAAAUAUUAAAUUUCUAUUUCAGGGAAGAAGUGAUGUAUCUCCUAUACUGCAUUUUUGUAGAAAAAAAUUGUAUUUUAUGUUGUUGAUGUUAUUUUAAAAGGUAAUUUUGUAGUUUACACAUGCUGGAAUGACUGUAAUUACUUUAGAAUUCCAAGUAGAAAAAUAA